AUGGUGGUUCAAGGUAGCUUUUCGUUGAGGCUCAUCAACGCAGCCAACAUGAAGCAGAUCCCAGAGCAUUCCUCGUCGACAGGCAAGGUAUUCGUGACAAUGAAACCCAAUGAGGACUUUUUCGUCCAGCUGGAAGUCAAUGGAAACUCUGCGCUUCAAGAUAGAAAUAUCGUUUACCAAACUUUCGUCAGCAACAACCACUCGUCAAACGACGAAAGAAAGCCUCGUAGCAGCUUCAAGAGGCGAUUGACCACAACAAACCAACAAGACCACGAGAGGCGCAUGUUUCGCUUUGAGAAUCCCACCAAGGGGCAUCCUCAUGCAUCUUCAGGUGUAAUGGAGAAAGUGACGGUGCGAGUGUAUGAACAACAGUCAUCGAUCCCCUCUCAGGCCGGCACCGCAAAGAGACGGCUCCUGGUAGAGACCAUUACGAUUCAUUGCCUGGUCCUCCCCUCCUCCUCCUCAAAGACUGGCCUUGCUGCUGAUGUGGUUUCAAGAAUUCCUGCUAUUGACUCAUUGGAUGCGGGCAAGAUUUCUCCCUCGGUUUGGGGAAGCCACCAGACUUUUCAGUGCAUGUACUCACCCUUGACAGCCUCCCGAAUCUCCCCCGACAGAAUGAACCUCCAAAAGGCCCGUCGGCUGAUUCUGUGA